UGCCCCGCCCCGUGUGUGCCUUCCUAUUGGCUGAAGCCGCCCGACCCGGUAUCUGGGUAAGAUGGCCGCGGCAGAAGAGUGCUCGCUCGCAGUGCCGUGGAAUUCGCUUUCCCUCACGCACGCCGAGUACCCGGCAGGUGACUUUUCCGGCUAUCUCCUGGCCUGGGUCAGCCUGGGCCCUAUUUUCAUCAUUGUCGGCUUCCUCACGCUCAUCAUUUUCAAGAGGGAGCUUCACACGAUCUCUUUCUUGCUGGGCCUGGUGCUCAACGAAGGUGUGAAUUGGCUCAUCAAGAGCAUUGUCCAGGAGCCGCGGCCCUGUCCAGAAAUCCAUCCGUCGGUCUUUUCCAAGUACGCGAUGCCUUCCAGCCACUCCCAGUUCAUGUGGUUUUUUGCUGCCUACUCCUUCCUCUUCCUCUAUUUAAGAAUGCACCAAACAAACAACGCCAGGUUCCUAGACUUGCUGUGGAGACACGUGCUCUCCCUCUGCCUCUUAACCGUGGCCUUCCUGGUCUCAUACAGUAGGGUCUAUCUACGCUACCACACCGGGAGCCAAGUCAUCUACGGAGGCCUUGCGGGGACCAUCAUGGCCGUCGUGUGGUUCACCUUCACGCAGGAGAUACUCACGCCCUUGUUCCCCAGGAUAGCGGCCUGGCCGAUAUCGGAGUUCUUUUUAAUCCGAGACACCAGCCUCAUCCCAAACAUCCUAUGGUUUGAGUACACGGUCACCCGGGCCGAAGCCAGGAACCGGCAGCGCAAGCUGGGCACCAAACUGCAGUGAGCCUCGGAAGGCGCCGAGAGCGGACCGGCACCCGAUUCUGCCGAGCGAGAGGACGACACCGAUGGGCCGGAGCAGAGCGAGAGAGAGAGAGAGAGCUGCGCACGAGGAGGGCUUGCUUUUGGGGAAGGCGGACGGACCCAGGGACCCUUGCCAAACCCACACGGAGUCUUGCGCCGACCCCCCUCCCGAUGCAUGUUGAAGAUGGGCGCGGACCCCUCCCUCCUCCCCGUUUGUAUCUAUCUCUGUCUCACCGGGGCACCGCCGACGGCCGCCAAUCCUCCCUGCACGACCCGUUUCUUCGCCCGGGGCUUGUUUGCACGAAUCGACGCCGGUACAAAAUCACAGAGCUUGGAAGAGGCGCCCGGAGGCCAUCCAAUCCAACCCAAGACACUAUCGAAACCUUCCCGACAGAUGGCCACUCAGAGAGGGAGACGCCAGCUCUUACCAUCAGGACGUUCUUCCUAAUGUUUCGGCGGAAUCUCUUUUUUUUUCCUGGGAGUUUUGGCUGCUUUGUGUUACAAAAUCAUGGAGCUUGGAAGAGGCCAUCCAGUCCAACCCAAGACACCAUCCAAACCUUCCCGACAGAUGGCCACUCAGAGAGGGAGACGCCAGCUCUUACCAUCAGGACGUUCUUCCUAAUGUUUCGGCGGAAUCUCUUUUUUUUCCCCGGGAGUUUUGGCUGCUUUGUGUUACAAAAUCACGGAGCUUGGAAGGGGCGCCCGGAGGCCAUCCAGUCCAACCCAAGACACCAUCCAAACCUUCCCGACAGAUGGCCACUCAGAGAGGGAGACGCCAGCUCUUACCAUCAGGACUUUCUUCCGAAUGUUUCGGCGGAAUCUCUUUUUUUCCCCGGGAGUUUUGCCUGCUUCGUGUCCUAAAAACGAAAACGAACUUCCAUAUUUCUUCGACCUGUUUUUGUCUCCAAGCUUCUGGAAGGAUUUUUCUGGAUUUCCCCUUCUUCCAUCUUGAGUUUCGGGGCCCCGGAAUUUGGACGCAGGAUUAUCAUUCCAGGUGAGAUCUGACCAAAGCCCUGCGACUUCUCUCGACCCUGUUGUUGCAGCCUAGAAUCAUGUUGGCCUUUGUCGCUGCCGCGCCACACUUUUGGCUCACGUUCCGCUUGCGGGGAAAGGGGUUUGGAAAACCAUAUAUAUCUCUUUUCUGGAAAAACAAACAAGCAAACCCGGUUUCCCUUUUUGGUGGCAUGCAGUAUACACACUAUUUAUUAGCAUUCUUUUCCGAACUCGGACUGCUGUUUGUGGAAGUUUUCGGGAAAAGGGGAAAACCGUCUCACCUAUAUUUGGGAGGAUUUGUGAAUGGGCUGUUUAUAAUUUUUCCACGACUGUUUUCAAAGCUGCCUUUCGUCUUGAUUUUACGAUGAAAAGGAUUUUUUUUAAAAAAAGAGAAACACUAGUGACUUUUCCGCACCCGUGGGUGAGUUGACGCCGUGGUGAGAAUCCCACGAUGCUAAUUUUAUGUCUUUUUAUUUCUUUGGGGUCCACUUCUUUCCUUUUUCCCCUUUUCUGUGCCAGUCAUUGGGCCUCUUCUCCUUCUUUGUCCUUUCUCUUCUCUCAACUCUGGUUGUUUUGACACGGAAAAGCUCAAAGGACGCACUGUUAAGCCACCGCUGUACUUAAAUUGGUUUACAAAUCCCCUGAAGCGAUCCCCCAAAACUUUUACAUACUCAAUAAUAAUAAUGAUAAUAAUAAUAAAAAAGUGUUUUUAUGGUCA